AUGGAUCAGAGUGAACGUAAGAUGGAGCAUAUCCCAACAGAAAGUCUCAAGGGAACGGUGCCGCAUGUCUGUGAAGGGAAAGUAAGUGAUGAACGAUGUGAAGGCAAAAUCAUUUGGGAUCAUUUACCACCGCCGAUGUACAACAAUGUUUUUCCAUGGACUUUGCUGCAGAAUGAGUUUACAUCUACUCCCUGCCACAAUCGGUCGAAUUUUACAAAAACCACUAUUUACGAUUCACAAUUGGAUUCAUUUCGUCACUGGUCUCAAAGUCAGACACUUCUGAAGGACAUACGCAACAAAGAGGAUGCAUCUCUUUCUAUUUCGUAUGGUUCUUCGGAUAAGCGGAUAAUACACCAGAAAACAUCUUCAGCCGAUGAUAUCUACAACUUUCGUUCCGGAGUUUCGUUGCACUUUUCACCCGGUACUAACGCUUCAGACACAACAAUGAAGAAAAAAUUGGAACUCCUGAAAAAAAGAUACGAACUACGAAAAGCAACAACUAAAAAAUCAAGUUUGUCUCAUGAUCACAUCAGCUUGCAUAAGGCAGAAAGAAAAUUCUUGAGCUCCGUUCCUGCAGCAUUAAACUCCAUCGAUGAUCAUGAAAGAAAUGAAGAUGCUAACGUCUCAUUCCGAAUACCGCUGAAUACCACUCUCAGUUCCAUUUCUAAUUACAGAAAAGCAGCAAACGCCACUUACGUUAUUCAGCCCUUAGUGCAUGAAGUUGGACAUAGUUUCACUGACCGAUGCAAGAAAACAGAAAUGGAUGAAAAGUUAGCUCACCUAGCAGCACUGACAUCAUGGUUGAAUUAUCUACUUGAUGAAAAAAGUGACCCCUAUAACAGCAGCGAAAUUCUAGCUAAGAGCAAAAAAGAUGCUGAUCUGUACUUGAGGAAACUAUUGACUUUGGAAAACGACAUUCCGGCGAUGAAAGAUAAUGAACCGCAAAAUGGCAUUAAUUACAAGUGUUUCAUGACUGCAAAUGAACUCAGUGAAAUGCGAGCCAGAUUUCGUUUAUUAUACGAAAGCUCAUCUAUCCCGAAUGAUAUUUCUACCCUCGUGAAGGAUGGUAAAAUUGCAGUUAGAAUGGAUAAGCGGGUUUACGCUGACGUCGGGCUACAAAUGAAAUUGCUCAGUCUACUCCUGAGCUUUCAUCCUUUCUAUCUUCGAUUGGGCCUGGAGACUGUCUUGUCCACCAAAAUACAAAAAAGAACUGACGACAAAAGCCAACUCAGAAUCAUUGCUUCUGUAGUUACCGAAAACAUCUUUAAGAAUUCCAAAAUCAUGAAUAAUCGCAAAUACGUGCAAGGAAGAGCAAAGAUUCUCAUCAACAACCGAGGUGCGGAAGCUCUUCUCCAGCAUUUCUUGAUAAAAAUAUGCCAGCUUUUAUUUAUUGUUGACAAGGCAUGGCGAGAUAACAGAAUAUCGAGGAAAAACCGCUGUCUUUUUGUUAAAUGGUCAGCUUAUAAGAGUAUCAAUGAUGUGGUGGCAGUAUUAAGUCGGGAACUGAUGACUGGUACCAGCAACUUGCCGAAAACCCUUUCUCGUUUGGGUCUUUUUCUAGAUCGCAAACAAGGAUUUUUUGAACAGUUCCAAUACUACGUAGCUGAUCCGCUGAAGGACCUUAGUAAUGGAAUGAUUCUCGGGCGAACAGUGGAAAUUUUAGCUAAUCUUCAGUAUAACACAGUAAUUCAUUGUUUACGUGAUCCCGGUGGUGAUCGACUUCGUAAAUUGAGCAAUGUUAAAACAGUGAUUGAUUUUGCAAAACGGGAAGGAAUUCUUCCUGAAGACUUAUGUGUGGACAUUAAUGGUAUCUUGCAAGGAAAUAUCGAUGAAAUUAUAACACUUCUCUGGCGAUUUGCUAGCAAAGAAUUGGGUAAUGUCAAUAAAUCAGAUAAUUGCCAUGCUGGGAUUGAUUCAAUAUCUCAACAGCUUCUGAGCCUGUUCGGCAUAUCAUAUGAGAUACGAAAUCCUCUAGAACUUGCUGACGGAAAAUUGUUUUCCUUAUUGUGGAAACAAUAUUAUUCAUACAACACACCGUUUGAACUCUUUGACGGCUCAACAGUUUUAGAGCAAAUUGCAAGUGCUGCUGAGCAUCAUUUUGGGAUUCCGUCAUCAAUACUGAUGCAAUGGAAAGACAUACCUAAAGGAGAAACACUCUGUCUCUUCACUAAAAUUUUCAUAUCACGCAUAUAUGAAUGUUAUAAAAUCACUUCCGCUGCAAUUAUAAUACAACGCGCCUUCCGACGAUAUCGCAGCACCUCAAAGAUGAAUUACGAUAUUCUUCAUAAAGUAAUGCUUUUGGAGAAGAAACUUCCGUACAUUGCGAAACUUUUGGAGAAAACUUCCUCACGUGUGCAUACACCAGAUCGGUUGGCGGAGUCGUCUCGGACAAUAACAAAAGAAGAUUCGAAACGAAUGGAGGCUUCAUUCACAAUACAGCGAUACUUUCGUGGAUGGCUCGCAAGGACACUUUAUCGAAAGAUGAAGUGUGAUAAAACUUUGAAAGAACGAGAAGCAAAAGUAGUUAUCAUACAAAAAUUUGUUCGUGGGUGGCUUGCACGGACACUUUACCAAAAAAUGAAAUGCGAUAAGAUUUUGCAAGAACGAGAAGCAAAAGUAGUUAUCAUACAGGUAGGCUACAUAUAUUAG